AUGGGAGACAAUAGCAAGGCCGAGGCCGGCAGCAAUGUCCAGACGACUCAGGACGGGCCAAAGAAGCAGAUUCUUCUGAAUGCUUUUGACAUGUCGACUGUGGGACAUUUGUCUCCUGGACAAUGGAAGAAUCCCAAAGAUAAAUCCGCAACCAAGCGAAAGCUGGAUUACUGGAUCGAUCUUGCCAAGUUGCUGGAAAGGGGUGGAAUCAAUUGCCUGUUUCUGGCUGAUACGUACGGAGGAUACGACACGUACGAGAACUCGUUGGACAACUGUAUCCGGAGAGCUGCGCAAUGGCCAGUGACGGAUCCGACGAUACCAAUCUCUGCCAUGGCAGCAGUCACCAAGAACCUCGCCUUUGGUAUCACGGCUUCGACGUCCUUUGAGCCCCCGUUCCUGCUGGCCAAGCGAUUUUCGACUCUGGACCAUUUGACCAAUGGACGGAUUGGAUGGAACAUUGUGACUUCAUGGAAGAAGUCGGCUUUCAAGGCCAUUGGUCUCGAUACUCCGAUUGACCACGAUGAGCGAUACCUCCAGGCGGACGAAUACCUCAGGGUUCUUUACAAGUAA